AGACACGCCAGUCACCUUGCGAGUGUCAUGGUAGAAGAACGCUCUCUCUCCGUUCACCUCCCUCGCCCCCGGACGUCCAUGCGCGCGUGUGAGUGACUUGUGCGCGCCGUAUGAGUGUGUGUGCGGGACAGUGUUGUAGAGAGAGAAAAAAAAAACAACACAAAAAAUCAAAACAAAAGAAAACAAAAUCGAAGACAGCAACAAUAACGAACUAAGUUAAAAACCUGGUAGACAGGUAGACGGGUAGAGAGGGUGGGAGAGGCCCGUCGAGGAAUCAGGUGUGUUGGAGACUGCAACGCGUGUCCCACCAUGCCGUCCUACUCCUAUAAAGUCAAUGACCCGAUCAGCCCCAUCUCCUACAAGCAGCGCCACGGCGGCAGCGGGAGCAGCGGCGGCGGCGGCGGCGGCGGCGGUGGAAUGUCGGAGCCGCGCGCCUCUCACCAGAACGGACACACGUCGAGCAGCGCCAACGGCCAGGACGAGCGCUGGCGCCAGAACUACGUGCCGACGCCCUAUGAACCAUACAAGGCGACCUCCUCGAGUCCCGGCGUGGCGAAGGUCGAGGCCGGAGGCGGAGGCGGAGGCGUGGAGGACGAGGAGCGCGGCCACUGGGGGUCCAAGGCCGAGUUCCUGCUCUCCUGCAUCGGCCUCUCCGUCGGCAUCGGCAACGUGUGGCGGUUCCCCUACCUGGCGUACGAAAAUGGCGGCGCUGCGUUCCUGUUCCCGUACAUCAUCCUCCUCAUUCUGAUCGGGAAGCCCAUGUACCUGAUGGAGACAGCGCUCGGACAGUACUCACAGCUCGGGCCCAUGAACGUGUGGCGCUGCGCCCCCGUCAUGCAAGGCGUCGGCAUCGCUAUGGUUAUCCUGUCUCUCAUCACAGCCAUCUACUACAACCAGCUCAUGGCCUACACGCUCUUCUACAUGUUCGACUGUUUCGCCUCCGAUGUGCCGUGGGCGACCUGCGACGCCGAGUGGGCGGACGAUAACUGCUUCGCCGUGGGCGGCAUCUACCCGUGCGCGCGAUACAACCUCACCGGCCCCACGGACGCCAUCAACUGCACGCUCAAGAACGAGUCGUCGGCCGUGCAGUUCUGGGAGAGAGGCGUCCUGAACAUCGACAAGUCAGGGUUGAAGAAAUUCGGCGAGAUCGGAGACAUCCAGGUGAAGCUGACUCUUUACCUGCUCCUGUCGUGGGUCAUCGUGUUCCUGUGCCUCAUGAAGGGCAUCAAGUCGUCCGGCAAGGUCGUCUACUUCACCGCCACCUUCCCCUACAUCAUCCUCAUCGCUCUGCUCAUCGUCGGCGUCAUGCUCGAGGGCUCGACCAAGGGUCUGACGUUCCUGUUCGUGCCCAAGUGGGAGAAGAUCCUGGACGUGCACGUGUGGCGGAAGGCGGCCGAGCAGAUGUUCUUCUCCCUGUCCGUGUCGUGGGGAGGACUCAUCAUGUUCGGAUCCUACAACAAGUUCCGCAACAAGGUGCACAUCGACGCCUUCAUCGUGUCUUCACUGGACUUCGUGACUUCGCUCAUCGCCGCCACAGCCAUCUUCUCCGUCCUGGGAGCCAUGGCGCACGAUCUCGGCGUUGACAUCGAGGACGUGGCGGCCAGCGGUCCCGGCCUCGCCUUCAUCGCGUACCCGGAGGCCAUCUCGCGCACGCUCCCCUUCCCGCAGAUGUGGGCGUCGCUCUUCUUCUUCAUGCUCUUCACUCUCGGCUUGGACUCCGAGUUUGCGCUCCUGGAAACGGUACUGACGGCCCUGUACGACACCUUCCCGAGCACACGCAACCAGAAGUUCAAGCUGACCGCCCUGCUGUGCGUGUCCUGCUUCCUGAUGGGCAUCCCCAUGUGCGCCACCAUGGGGCAGUACAUCUUCUACCUGGUGGACAGCUUCGGGGGCGGCGUCGGCGUGCUCCUGAUCGCCAUCCUGGAGCUGGUCGGCCUGCACUGGGUGUACGGCGUGCGCAGGUUCAGCGAAGAUCUCAAGUUCAUGCUGGGGUACAACCCGUCCAUGUUCUGGAAAGUUUGCUGGGUGUUCAUCGCGCCCGUCACGCUCAUUCUCAUGUUCAUCUACUCGGCGAUCACGUGGACCAACCCGAAGUACGGCGACGUCGAGUACCCCGACUGGGCGAUCGCCAUCGGCUGGUUCCUCGCCGCUGUGUCCGUGGGCAUGAUCCCUCUCGUCUUCGUCUUCGUCGUGCUGAAGAAGCUCUUCACAGGGGACAUCCGGCGAGUGUUCGCUCCCGCCGACAACUGGGGCCCCGGCGACCCCGAAGCCCGCCAGGAACUGCUGGCCCUCAAGCACGGUUUCAACAUGGACGAGACCAAAUUCGGCAUCGACAACCCCGCGAUGGAUCCACGAUACUAUCCUCAGUAAUUUGGGGAAAAGAUGCCAGAAGAAAAUUGAUUUUAGAGUCACUUUUUACAAAUCAUUUGAUACAAUUUUUUUUUUACAAUUUUGACAUUCGUGUGAGGUGAAGGUCUGGUUGGAGGAUGUCCCAGUCUACAUUGAUUAAAGGGUUUUAGCAUUAUAACCGUGAAAAAAAAUAUUACGUUAUGAAUGAAGCGUUAAGAUAUUGCACCUGGGAUAUAUCAUGUCGUUGGGAGUAAAGCAGACAGGAAUGUCUGUUAUCUACACUAAUUAAAAUCUUUAACGCUUAUUCAACCUCUACUUUUGUUUAAUGUAAUUUUUUGACACGUUCUCUCCCAAACUGUCACACUAUAGGUUAUAAUAAACUCUUAUCAGACCUCUAGAA